GACAGCAGCCAGGUAGCUGUGCGGCCAGGCAGAGGUGCACACACAGCGCCCCCUCCCGGGGAAUACAGGGGUAUAAUCAGCUGUCAGUCUCCUCCCUCCCUCCCGGCCUCUCUCAUUUCUCCCCAUCCAGAGAGAGCAGCGGAUCUGCGGCUGAUGCUGAGAGCGGCGCCCGGGGUGUGACCCCCCCCUCCCCGGUGCUCCCGCUAUGAGGCUGCUGGCCGGUGCCGGUCUGUGCCUCGCCCUGGCCGCCCUCGCCCUCCUGGCCGUGGCUCUGUGCACCGAUCACUGGUACGAGACGGACGCGCGGAGGCACCGGGACCGCUGCAGGAAACCGGGGGGCAAACGGAACGACCCCGGCUACAUGUACACCCCAGGCCAGCAGCUGCCUCUCCGUGGGGGGCAGCUCCGGAGCAGGGCCGCCCGCGGGGGGGAACCGCCGCUGCUGCCCAGGGGAGUCCGCUUCAUCUCCAGAGUGGGGGACCCGCCGGUGAGCCGCGUAGAGGAGCGACCCACCGCGGCCCGGGAUGCCCCCGCCCCACGCCCUUACCUGGCUGUGGAUUCACAGUGCAGCCGCCGCUUCAACUCCACCGUCUCCGGGCUCUGGAGGAAAUGCCACCGGGAGGGAUUCGACAAGGACACGGAGGAUCUGAUAUUAAAAGGAAUCGUUAUACGCUGCAUUCCGGUUCGAUAUCACUACACAUCGUCCUCUCUGCCACCAAACCUUCCAAUCAAUGUCACCAAGACCAUCCGCCAGGAUGAGUGGCACGCUCUGCAUCUGCGCCGGAUGACUGCUGGUUUCAUAGGAAUGGCAAUCUCUAUCAUUCUCUUUGGGUGGCUGAUAGGCGUGCUGGGCUGCUGUAAGCAGCAUGACCUAAUGCAAUAUGUGGCUGGGCUGCUAUUUCUCAUGGGAGGAACCUGCUGCAUUAUCUCGCUCUGCACCUGCGUUGCCGGCAUAAAUUUCGAGCUCUCUCGGUACCCACGCUCUGUAUAUGGUUUACCAGAAGACAUCAGCCACGGGUAUGGCUGGUCAAUGUUCUGUGCCUGGGGGGGGCUAGGACUCACCCUCCUCUCUGGAUUCCUCUGCACCUUGGCGCCAUCUCUCAGUGCUUCCCAAUCCGCCGUUCACAAACCACGGCAGGAGAACGGAGCAGUGUGACCAGUGGAUGGGAGCAGAUGUGACAAGGCCUAGAAAAAGACACGCCACCAGGCUGAGGCACUCGUAUCCUGCUAAGGAAGUUGUCCUGUUCAACUUGUGUGUUUUGGUCUGACCAUGUGGUUGCUUGUGAAAAUUACAGAGCUGUGAACUUCAUGUUAACAAAGGGAAUUGUGGGACAGUGUGAUUAGGGGACAUGUUGCACAGCCACAAGGGAAGAAUGGACUUUCUCGCUACUGGGAUGCAAUGCAGGAGAAGUUCAACUUUUAGGUGCUGGGGUGAAAAAUAUCUAAAGAGGAACUAGAAACUACAUCCUGUGCAGCAGAAAUCUAGAGGCUCGAUACAGCUGGAUCUACAGGGAUCCAACCCUAACCUUCUAGAGAAAAUACUUUGCUCAUUGUACAGAGACAUUGACCGAUCUGGAGCAGCUAAUGGCCAAUGCCUAAGGGUUUCAGUGUUUGGGGAAUUUUGUAUUCACAUAUAUAGUAAUGACAGGUAACUAAUUUUUACAUGUUUUAAUACAAGUCCACAAAAACCGCCUUACACAUCCAUAAUUAAUUCCCUAUUUCAAAAAUUCUAUUUGCAAUUCCACGCUGAGUUUAGUGCCUUGGCACACAGCAGGGACUAGGGUACAUGGGAAACAUACAGACCUCCUGCCGUGCCUUCUAGUAGGUCCCAUGAACCUGCAACAUACUGAGGCUCCACCAGAGAUGCUUCGUGGGGGGAAUAAAGAAGAUGUUGCUGCGACAAGCCGCCCAAGCGACGAUUGCGGUUGGAGACUGAAAUCCCAUGCAGUUUGGGGGUUUGGGAGGUACAGGUGGGAGGAGGGGAUUUUGUGGUCCUAGAUCACCUUGUUUAGGUGAUGUAUUGUACAUGUGGUCCCAUCACAACUUAUAAAAAGCACAUAAUAAAAGA